AUGGCCGUGACAAUGUCGCCUGACGUGCCUCUGUUCAUGCAGGUUUUCUGCGCAUGCCUAAGCUUCAUCACUGGGGGUGCAGCAAAAUCUUUCGACCCUGGACGCCCUAAGCUUCGCUACGAUACCGGCCUACCACGUCACUUCUGUGUGGGCGGUGUUUCCGGCCAGUUUGCGGAGGGCACCAGCACCCUGGAGCAUCGACACGUGGAUGGCCUUUUUCACUUUCCAUCUGGGGGCACGAUGACGUCACGACGCAUGCUCACAAGGGACCAUCUGCAUGCUAUAAAUGCAUGUCCAUCGCCUACCGGCUUCAGUGGACACGGCAGCAUCGCCGUGACAAUGUCGCCUGACGUGCCUCCGUUCAUGCAGGUUUUCUGCGCAUGCCUAAGCUUCAUCACUGGGGGUGCAGCAAAAUCUUUCGACCCUGGACGCCCUAAGCUUCGCUACGAUACCGGCCUACCACGUCACUUCUGUGUGGGCGGUGUUUCCGGCCAGUUCGCUGAGGGCACCAGCACCCUGGAGCAUCGACACGUGGAUGGCCUUUUUCACUUUCCAUCUGGGGGCACGAUGACGUCACGACGCAUGCUCACAAGGGAUCAUCUGCAUGCUAUAAAUGCAUGUCCAUCGCCUACCGGCUUCAGUGGACACGGCGGCAUCGCCGUGACAAUGUCGCCUGACGUGCCUCUGUUCAUGCAGGUUUUCUGCGCAUGCCUAAGCUUCAUCACUGGGGGUGCAGCAAAAUCUUUCGACCCUGGACGCCCUAAGCUUCGCUACGAUACCGGCCUACCACGUCACUUCUGUGUGGGCUGUGUUUCCGGCCAGUUCGCUGAGGGCACCAGCACCCUGGAGCAUCGACACGUGGAUGGCCUUUUUCACUUUCCAUCUGGGGGCACGAUGACGUCACGACGCAUGCUCACAAGGGAUCAUCUGCAUGCUAUAAAUGCAUGUCCAUCGCCUACCGGCUUCAGUGGACACGGUAGCAUCGCCGUGACAAUGUCGCCUGACGUGCCUCUGUUCAUGCAGGUUGGUGACCAAAAAAAUGGCUUCCAUAGUAAUGUUGUUGGUCUUAUAGUGCUGCCGUGUCCACGAGUUGUCUUUGACUGUAUAUGUGAGUGUUUUUCCAUUGCGGGCUUGUUGUUUGGUCUCUCUGGGGAUGUGGAGAAGAAUCCAGGACCAAUAACGGGAGAUUUGUGCAGGGAAUUGCUCCAAAAUCAGAAAGAAAUUUUGUCUAAACUUACUGCGGUUCAGGAAAAGCAAGACUCGUUUGAAACAAGAUUCCUAGAAAUGCAGAACCGGCUUCUCGUUAUUGAAACUAAGGUUCAAAGCUUAGACGAGACUCGGAACAGACUUGCAACUCUUGAAGAAACUGUGGCCGACCGCCGUCUCGAAACGUCUAGUCUGGUCAAACAGGUGGAUGACUUGGAUAAUCGUUCACGACGAAAUAACCUUAUCAUUAGAGGAGUAGCAGAAGAGGAAAAUGAAAAGGAAGAAACACUCGUAAAAAAAGUAAAAGACGAUAUCUUUAACGCUACUCUGAAAGUGAAUGUGAAUUCUAUUGAUAGAAUUCACAGAUUAGGUAAGAAACUUUCUGGUAGAACUCCUCCUGUCAUCUUGAGGGUGGCAGACUAUAGAGAUAAAAUAAAUGUUCUGCAGAAUUGCUCGAAACUGAAGGAUACUGAUUACAGUAUCAGCGAGGAUUUCUCUAAAAGAGUACAGGGAAUACGAAAAAAGCUAUGGGACUCGGCAGGUGAUGAAAGGAAGGCAGGAAGAAAGGUAAAGCUUGUUUUUGAUAAAUUGAGGGUAAACAACACGCUGUACAGCUGGAAUGAAGAGCGUGAGUAA